AUGGUUAUUUGUACCUGUACAAUAUUGGCUAUAAUUGACCUGGACAGUUAUAACUUUGGCUUAUACAUUAUAUUGCUUUGCAUUGUAGGUAUAAUGAUUGCUUGCGCCUUUUGCGCUGCUAAUCCGAAUGAAUGCAAAAACCCUUCUUGGUACGCCAGAUUUUGUUUGCUACUUCAGGAAUUACAUCCUGAACAUCUGUAUCGCAGUUCUGCAUCUUGUAAUAUAAAUGAUGCGGCGUUUUUAACAACCGGCUGUACAGCAGAUAGUACUGCGCAUCAAUUCAGGAAUGAAAACCGAGCAACAAUUGCAAUGUUAGCGCCGGCAGUUCAUAUCAUGCAUCAUGUUUGGAAAGGUAUGGCCUGGGUCACUGAAGACAUUAGCGAAGAAGAAAAAGUUACAAACUGUCAAACGGAUAUUAAUAUUACAGAAGGUUUGUACAGUUCUAUCCGUGAUGCACCAAGCCUUUACAAGCUAGCCGAAAAUCUGAUGACGGAAGAUGACACAAUUUGCAGAAUGCAAAUGAAAAAGUCACCCACAGACUUCACAUCCAUGGAAAUUAACUAUUUCCUGAAGGGAAGAGUCAGUAACAGUCAAGGGAACAGUAGAAUUAUUAUGAGUACAUCAUUCCCGGGGAUAUAUCAGCAGGCGGAAAACUUCAACUACAUAUUGGUCCAUUUCCCAAUCAAGUGA